GUUUCUUUUACCAAACAUUUGGGUGAACAGAGAGCACUAAGUGAGUAAGCUCGCUCUAAAACUUACAUUUAGGGAAACUUUAGUUAAAUAUAAGACCAGAACCUGUUUUUUAAUAACUGCUGUAAUAUUUUUUGGUGAUUAAAUAAAUCAUCCCAGAUAAUUUACGUUAUUAAAGACAAGUGCUUCUGAAAGCAAGGCUGGUCGCUUGAUAUCUCUUUCGUUAUUUACGUGUACACUUUUAAAAAAAAGAUACUCCUUCGUUCGAUCUGUAAGACUUACUUAAAUCAUCAUUUGAAAAUUUCACGUCUUAAUACUUGGACUUGUUUACCCACAUUUAUUGUACAAACUCAUUAACAGACAUAUUCUUCUAUUUUCUUGUUACUACUGUGAAUAAACAUUAAGCAGUGUGGAAACGAUUUCUUUUUUUUCUCUGUUGCAUUAAUAGUCUCCACAUUGUUUUUUGAUUCCUAUUUCUAAUACUCUAAGAUAUACUUGGAUUUCUUUAAUAGUCUCAUUCUUAUACUCUUUUAAUUCCUCAACUUUGUGACAAAAUGGUUGAACGUGUUCCUUCGACGCUCACUCGUACCCGCUACUGGGCUUACUUUUUGUUUUUGUUACCCCUUGUUUGCUUCUUAAUGUGGACAAUCGGUUUGAUUGUUCUUUUGGGUCUUUGGAGUACUCAAGACAAAUGGCAUACUCCUGGUGAACCCGAUCCCGUGUUUAUUAGUGAUAUGGGUGCAUAUACCAAAGGGUUCUUCGUUCCCAUGUGCGUUAUCACUGGUGUUUUUUACAUUCUAAGUUUCCUCGCCAUUCGUCUCUUAAGACAAUGGAGAUUCUUGUAUCCCACUACAAAUAAGUAUGAAACUUUCCUUGGUUGGUUUGCCGUACUGACAAGUGCCGGUUGUGCUGCUUGUUUAAUAUCCUUGGCAAUUCGUGAUGAUGUGCAUCACGAUAAUAUCCACUGGAAGUUUACCGCAGCUUUCGUGGUGUUGGCUUUUGUUGCUGCCGCCAGUAAUAUUUUCGAGUGGCUAUCAGCUCAUCGCCAUUAUCGUUUUAGCAGACUGCUUGCUUUCUCGUUUUGGGCGAAAUUCACGAUUAUUGUUACGGCAAUCGUUUGUGCCAUUGCAUUUGCUGGUUUGCGUCACUACGAAAAUCGUUCUAAAUCAGCCAGAUUCGAGUGGGUUGUUGGAUUUUUGUGGUCUCUGUACAUUGCUCUGUUGUGUUUGGAUAUACUCCCAGCCAUUUAUCAUGAACGUUAUCCAAGCAAUUCCGGUGACUUGGAGAAGGGUGGUUAUGGCACUCAACAAUCCGGUAUCCCUCAACAAUCCGGUAAUACACAGCCUGGGGAAUCUUACGCCCCUCCUAGUGAGCCUCCAGCGGCCGCUACUCGAAACGAAGCUGAUCCUACUGAGCUUUAAUUUUUCGACCUUCAUUUAGUAUCAAGCUCCUUGAAAUUUAGCAGCCGAUAGCUAACAAGGUAAUGUAUUUACAGGUCUAUUGAUAUGUUGUUAACGGUUGUUAACAACGGUUAUGAAUGCACUGUUGCUGAUUUGGCAACAGGUUUCAAAAUGCUUCUUGAUAAAUUUAUUUAUGUUAAAGACAAAGUAUACGUCUCUUGUUACAUCCGUAAGUCAUCAAAUGCACCUUGCUUGUUUGAUGCUUUGUCACAGAAGAUUAACAUUCGGUUCUUUUCACAAAAAUACUUCUUCCUUUUUCUUUUCAUUACUUUGUACGAAAGGUAUAUAAUAUUACAGAUUUUUACCACUCAAAAAUGAAAUUUUGUUUCUUAUGACUAGAUUAUUUUAAAUAUUAUCAUUUUAGAGGACUAAAAAUUAGCCAAACGAACAGAACAAUAUUAGAAAUAAUAGGGUAGUAUAUAUGAAUUUGUUACAUGGGU